GUGAGUACAGGGCUUUCUCACCCUUUCAUUAUCUUUCUUGAGGGGCCCACUUUUUUUUUUUUUUAUUUUCUAACCUCUAAAAAGAACCAGAGCUGAAUUUGGAGGCCACGGAAUGUCUGCAGAGAAGAAGGUGAAAAAGAAGAAAGAGGAGGCCAAUGGCACGACGGAAGCGAAGUUAAACGGAACGGAGGCCAAACCAAAAAAAACAAAGACCAAGAAGAGUGAAGAUGUCGUAGAAGAGGACAGCUCUGCCAUCCAGAAUGGAAAGAAAGUGAAGAAAAAGAAGCCGGAGAAAGACAAAGAAGAACCCGAAAAAGAAAAAGAGAAAGAGCCAAAAAAGAAAACCAAAAGUGCUCCAAAGAAAAAGAAAGGUUCGGACACAGACGACGACGAUGAGGACGACGAUGACGAGGACACCCCCAAAAAGAAAACCAAGAAAAAAACGACAAAGGACAGCUCUCCGUCUGCAAGCUCUGCCAGAGAGAAGAAAUCUAAAUCUAAAGAGGACAAAGAUUCUGACGGAAAAGAAAAAUCCAAGUCAAAGGAAAAAGACAAGAAGAAAGAGCCGGCUUCGAUGUUCCAGAUAAAUGGAGAGAAAGAGUCCAAAAGUAAAAAGAAAGCUGCCAAAUCCGACAGCGAUGACAGUGAAGAGGAAACAAAGUCGACUAAAUCAAAGAAGAAAUCCACCGCUAGCUCUGCGUCCAUGUUCCAGACGUCGGCAGAUAAAGACAAAGAAAAGAAGACAAAGAAAAAAGCAAAGGCAGAGGAAAGUGACGAUUCUGAGUCAGAAAAAGAAGAGAAAUCUAAGAAAAAGAAGGGCAAAGGGAAGAAGAAAAAGGAGAGAUCUCCCUCACCUGAGAUCGAGUUUGACAACCUGGAGAAGUUUGUGAUGGAGCCGGCUCCUCAGGGCGUCACCGUCAAAUGCAGAGUGACCCGGGACCAGAGAGGGAUGGACAAGAGCCUCUACCCGCUGUACUACCUGCAUCUGGACAACGAAAAGAAGACGUUUCUGUUGGCUGGGAGGAAAAGGAAGAAAAGCACCACUUCAAAUUACCUCAUUUCCAUUGAUGCCACAGAUUUGUCAAGAGGUGGAGAGAAUUUUGUCGGGAAGCUCAGGUCAAAUUUAAUGGGGACUAAGUUCACAGUGUUUGACAACGCUCUGAAUCCAGAGAGAGCACUUCCAGACAUGUCGAAUGCACGGCAGGAGUUAGCCGGCAUCAUCUAUGAAACAAACGUUUUAGGAAUGAAAGGGCCGAGAAGGAUGACGGUCGUCAUCCCAGGAAUGGACAAGAACAACGACCGAGUCCCACUCCGACCAAGAAGUGAUUGUGACGGCUUGCUGAUAAGGCACCAGAACAGAAGGAUGGAGAAUCUGAUCGAGCUUCACAACAAGACGCCCGUUUGGAACGAAGAAACGGCGUCCCAUGUGCUGAACUUCAACGGCCGGGUCACCCAGGCCUCCAUCAAGAACUUCCAGAUAGUCCACAGCAAAGACUUGGACUACAUCGUGAUGCAGUUCGGUCGGAUAGCCGAUGACAUUUUCACGCUGGACUACAACUACCCGCUGUGCGCCGUGCAGGCCUUCGCUAUCGCGCUCUCCAGCUUCGACGGCAAAAUCGCUUGUGAAUAAAACAAAGAUUCUCAGACUGAAACGACUAUGCAACAAGCCUGCCCUCACAUCAGACAGACCCACAUCUUUGGACAACCUCCAGGUGUAAGAAGCAAAAUCCCUCUCAUAUUAUCUGAAAGUCUUAUUUUGUGUCUUGGAAAAGUCAGACUCAAAGGACUCCAUUGGCUGGAGAGUAACGAUGACGUUUCACUGCAGUGACGGAGGUGUUUAUAGAUUAAAAACAUCAAUAAAGGAUGCUAACCUCUGUUAUGUUUUGGCUUUGGUAUGCUGUUUUCUGUUUUAUUGCUUUCUAGGUCAAAUCCCAGUAGGUCACCAGGGCCUUGGAUUUAUUUCCUUCAAAAUGUAAUUCUAAUUUGUCACACUCUGUGGCACAUCAGCAAUCUGCACAAGUCACACAUUGUUACUCAGGCAGCAUAAAAAGUAAAAUUAGUCUCAUUUGAAGCUCAUUUAAUCUCAUAAAAGCUGUCGUUCUUGGUGCACCGUCUGUCUGUGGUGAAUGUGGAGCUGUUUUAAGUAUUUUUGAUGCACAGAAGUUUAUUAUUUUGUGGCUCUUCAUUUAGGUGUUGUAAUGUUAACGUAAUAAUUCAGUGUAAGUUUUAUUUCUCCAAAGAUUUCUUUUGUCCGUCUCAGGUUUGAGCUCUUGUAGGUUUUUCUAUUUACGUGUUUUUGGUUCCAGCAUUUUGUAAAAAUCAGUCAUUUACCUGAACUCUGCCUUUGUUUUAUUUCUAGGCUUGUUCUUAUAACACAUGUGAAUUAAACGUGCUUGAAGUCAAAAUGA